GCUGGAUCCCAGCGUCGCAGGCAGCGGCAGUCUGCACGGCGAGCUGGGUGUCCCUGACCCUGCCGUACGUUGUCAGUGCCCUACCACGCAGCUGUGCCCAGGCGGCCAAGGUGGCCAAGGGCAUCCUGUCUUGUAUCGGAAACCGUGUGGCCAGCAGGACGAGGGCGGUGAUCGGCCCCCCGUACACGCCACCGCCUUUCUUCAGGCUUCUGAACCUGCGCAAGCUGGGCCUGAGUGACAAUGAAAUCCAGAGACUUCCCCCGGAGGUUGCCAACUUCAUGCAACUGGUGGAACUGGACAUCUCCCGUAAUGACAUUCCAGAAAUUCCUGAAAGCAUCAAAUUCUGCAAAUCCUUGGAAAUCGCAGACUUCAGUGGGAAUCCUCUCUCCAGGCUUCCAGAGGGCUUCACGCAGCUUCGGAGCCUGGGCCACUUGGCCUUGAACGAUGUGUCCCUGCAGAGCCUCCCCAAUGACAUGGGGAAUUUGGCAAACCUGGUGACUUUGGAGCUACGUGAGAACCUGCUAAAGACUCUCCCCACUUCACUCUCCUUCCUUGUCAAGUUAGAGCAGCUGGACCUCGGUGGCAAUGACCUGGAAGUACUGCCAGAUACGCUGGGAGCCCUACCAAACCUGCGUGAGCUUUGGUUAGACCGGAACCAGCUCUCGGCCCUGCCUUCAGAGCUGGGCAAUCUCCGCCGCUUGGUCUGCCUGGAUGUGUCUGAGAACAAGCUGGAGCAGUUGCCCAACGAGGUCAGUGGGCUAGUAGCACUGACGGACUUGCUCCUGUCACAGAACCUGUUGGAAUGCAUUCCGGAUGGGAUUGGUCAGCUGAAGCAGCUCUCCAUCCUCAAGGUGGACCAGAAUCGGCUGACAGAGGUGACAGAGUCAAUUGGGGACUGUGAAAAUCUGUCAGAACUCAUCUUGACAGAGAACAUGCUGACAGCCUUACCGAAGUCCCUCGGCAAGCUGGCCAAGCUGACAAACCUGAACGUGGAUCGGAACCGGCUAACGUCCCUUCCAGCUGAGAUCGGAGGCUGUGCCAAUCUGAACGUGCUGUCCUUGCGAGACAAUCGCCUGGCCCUCCUGCCUCCAGAGCUUGCCAACACCACUGAGCUCCACGUCCUGGACGUGGCUGGGAACAGGCUGCAGAACUUGCCAUUUGCUUUGACCAAUCUGAACCUGAAAGCCCUGUGGCUGGCAGAAAACCAGUCCCAGCCCAUGCUGAAAUUCCAAACGGAGGAUGAUGAAAAGACAGGAGAGAAAGUUCUCACUUGUUACCUGCUUCCCCAGCAGCCCUCCCCUAGCCUAGAGAAUCUUUUGCAGAACAGUGUGGAUGAGAGCUGGACGGACACCAACUUGAACAGAGUCAGUGUGAUUCAGUUCCUGGAUGAACCCAAAGUAGAUGAUGAAGAGGAGUCUGGAGCUGAGAGACGGGGCUUACAACGCAGAGCAACCCCUCAUCCCAGCGAGCUGAAGGUGAUGAAGAAGGUGAUUGAGGUUCGGCGCAAUGAGUGUCAUGCUGCAAAGCCUGUCAUGGACCCAACUUCUCCUAACUCCGAGGAGAAGAGGCUGAGCGGCACGUCUAAUCGCAGCGAGGACUCCCACCUUUCCAACAGCACUGCCUCUGCUGACUGCAAGGGAGAGGAGCAGGGAGAGGAGGCUGAAGAGGAGCAUAAGGAAGCCGCUGACCAAGAGGAGGAAGAUGUGGAAGUGGAAUACAAUGAGCCCACGGUACACUUUGCUGAGGACACACUAAUACGGAGCGAGGAUGAGGAUGAAGAUGAAGAGCGACCAUUCCCAGUGGAGAAGCAGAGGCUUAUCCGGAAGGACACGCCCCAUUAUAAGAAACACUUUAAAAUAACUAAGCUGCCCAAGCCAGAGGCAGUGGUGGCACUCCUGCAGGGGCUGAACAGCGAUGGAGUCCCCAAAGAGGAAGAGGAGUUGGGAGGCUGCAAUAACAACACAGAGCCUGAGGAUCAGGAGGAAGCAUGGGAUGAGGAUGACAGAAAGAAUGGAGCUUUAUCUGCUCAGCCGUCAGUGAAGGGGGUGUCGUUUGAUCAAGCCAAUAAUCUGCUGAUUGAACCUGCUCGCAUUGAGGAGGAAGAGCUGACUCUGACUAUCGUGCGGCAGACGGGGGGGCUGGGCAUCAGCAUCGCAGGGGGCAAGGGCUCCACCCCCUAUAAGGGUGAUGACGAGGGUAUCUUCAUUUCCCGCGUGUCAGAAGAGGGUCCUGCAGCGCGUGCAGGGGUUCGUGUUGGGGACAAGCUUCUGGAGGUGAACGGCGUGUCCCUGCACUGUGCCGAGCAUCACGUGGCGGUGGAAGCUCUGCGCGGAUCAGGAAGCUCUGUCUCCAUGACGGUCCUGCGGGAGCGGAUGGUGGAGCCGGAGAAUGCCAUCACCGUCACGCCGCUGCGCCCCGAGGAUGACUACAGCCCUCGGGAGAGGCGAGGAGGGCUGCGCUUCCCAGAGCGGCCCGAGGGGACACCUCCCACGGAGCGAUAUUCCACCUGCCUCAUGCGCAAUGAGAAGGGCCUGGGCUUCAGCAUCGCUGGUGGCAAGGGCUCUACACCGUACCGGGCUGGUGACACGGGGAUCUUUAUCUCACGGAUUGCAGAGGGUGGUGCAGCCCAUCGGGACGGGAUCCUGCAUGUAGGAGACCGGGUCAUCUCGAUCAAUGGGGUAGACAUGACAGAAGCCAGGCAUGAUCAGGCAGUAGCGCUGCUUACCGCGUCCUCCCCCACCAUCGUGCUGCUGGUAGAGAGAGAGGGUGCAGAGCAGCCCAGCGAGGGAGACGCGCCGGGCGCGCCGCGGGUGCGCAUGCACUCCCCACCACCGCCCCCCAGCCAUGGGGAGAGCCCACCGGAGGAGACACCAUCGCUGCAGAGGAACCAUCUGCCCAAAGGCCUGGAGGAUCAGUAUCCCAUUGAGGAAAUUCACCUUGUAAAAGCGGGUGGUCCCCUGGGGCUCAGCAUCGUAGGAGGCAGCGACCAUUCCAGCCAUCCAUUCGGGAUUCAUGAACCAGGUGUCUUCAUUUCAAAGGUCAUUCCCCGUGGACUGGCGUCGCGCAGUGGGCUCCGUGUAGGGGACAGGAUCCUGGAGGUAAACAGUAUCGACCUGCGCCAUGCCACCCACCAGGAAGCUGUGAAUGCCCUGCUCUCCAACACCCAGGAGCUGACGAUGUUGGUGAGGCGGGAUCCACCACCGCCUGGCAUGCAGGAGAUAUGCAUUGAAAAGGCUCCAGGAGAAAAGCUGGGCAUCAGCAUCCGAGGUGGAGCAAAGGGUCAUGCUGGAAAUCCGUUUGAUCCCACUGAUGAAGGCAUCUUCAUUUCUAAGGUGAGCUCCUCGGGGGCUGCAGCCCGGGAUGGCCGUCUGAAGGUGGGAAUGCGGAUCCUGGAGGUGAACCAUCAGAGUUUGCUGGGGAUGACGCACACGGAAGCGGUGCAGAUACUCCGGAGCGUGGGGGACGUGCUCCUCGUGCUGGUGUGCGAUGGCUUUGAUCCCAAGGCUGCGGCUGCCAUUGAGAUGUCCCCAGGAAUUAUUGCAAACCCUUUUGCUGCUGGUAUUGGGCGCAAGAAUAGCCUGGAAAGUAUCUCUUCUAUUGAUCGGGAUUUAAGCCCUGAGGAACUGGAGAUCCUACAGAAGGAGAUGGAAAUGGUGAGAGAAGCAACUCAGUGGGAGAGAGAAGAAAUGGAGAAAGUGAACGUCCCCAGUGAACCCUUGAGACUGGACUAUCGGACCCUGGCUGCUCUGCCCAGCAGCGGCUUGCAGAGAGUCAACCGCACU